GAGGAAGGCGACGGAAGGGUGGACUGUUUGCUCACGUCGGCUACCGACGAACAACUGUCGACCCUUAGGCACGUCUUUGGGUCACGAACAUCCAAGGCCUUCAAUGAUGGUCACCUGUGGGCUUCGGUGCUGGGACGACCUGCCUACAGUCCCUUCACUCGUGUCCAGCGGGUGUCCUGUUGCCUCUCCCUCUUACUCUGCACCAUGGUCACCAACAUCGCGUUCUUUCAACGGGAAAAUGACUUCAGCAAGCCUCCUCCGAUCGACAUCCUUGGUUUCAAAGUACAGAUCCCGAUGUCGUGGGCCCAGUUCAUGAUCGCUGUGCAAAGUUGUCUCAUCAUUUUCCCCAUCAACCUGGCCAUAGUGGAGAUUUUCCGCCAUGUUGCAUCUCCACCAGAGAGGAAGGCCAAAGAUCAACGUGGUUCAAGCGCUUCCUCGAUAACUUCAGAUUCAGACGUCGUAAGUCUUGAAGAAAUCGAGCUCAAAAAAAUUGACAAGGCCUGGGACUUCUACAGACAACCAUACAGUGAUAGCAAGAUGACUGAGGACAAGAAAAAAGGAUGUAUUCUUCCGUGGUGGUGCGUUUUCAUAGCCUGGUUCCUGGUUUUUGCCAGCUGCGUCGUGUCUGCAUUCUUCACCAUCCUGUACGGCCAGGCAUACGGCAGGGAGAAAGCUGAGGAGUGGCUCUUCGUCUUCUUCACUUCCUUCUUCGCGGAUCUCUUCGUCCUUCAGCCCGUCAAGGUGGUUCUGUUGGCCGUCGGACUCACGCUGGUGCUGAGGAAACCUCAUGACGACGCAGAAAAUCAGACACCAACGCUGGACUACGAGGAAGUGUGCGCCUACCUGUCAACCAUCAAGGCGACACCUGUAAAGGAAUGCCGUGAAGAACCACCGGACUCAACAAAGCUGGCAGAAAUGCGAGUCCGCCGUUUCGUCGAGAUCAGCAUGAAAAAGGCCAUGUGCGAGUUUGCGUUUUACUUCCUCUUCGUCCUGGUGCUAGUGGUCAUUGCCAACGGGCCACGUGACACAGGCAUGUUCCACAUGACUCAACAUCUUCGGAAGACUGUGGACGACGGAGGGGAUCAUUCCUUCACAAAGGUGGACGACGCGGAGAGCUUUUGGAACUUUGUAAGAUACACACUGAGUCCUGCAUUAUACGGCAACCGGUGGUACAAUGAUGACAACAGAGAACCGGAUGGAUUCAUGGCUGACAAGACGUCAUAUGUGGUCGGACCUGUCAGGAUAAGACAGCUGAGGGUGGCAGAAGAUCCUUUAUGUAAGAGGGCCUGGCAAGUUCAACACAUCUUCAAGGACUGCACCAAUGCCUACUCGCACUCAUCCCACGACAGCAACAGCUAUGGGAUGGGUUGGUCGGAGACACCUGACGACAAUUCAAGUUUACUGGUGCAAAAUAACACCAAUCCUUGGGUAUACCGUCAUUCGCCAGACGUACCGGUAGUAGGAACACAUGCCACCUAUUGGACGGGGCUACUCGUUACAGUCACCAACACCACGCCCGCCGCCGUCCUGGCCACCGUCGCGCAGCUGGAGCCCAGCGGGUGGAUCGACCGCUACACCCGAGCCGUCUUCGUCGAGAUGACGGUCUACAAUCCCCACGCCAACCUGUUCUCCGUGGUGAGCCUGCUGACUGAGUUCACUGCCAUGGGGAAGGCCUAUCCCCGUGUGGACAUCACUACAGUCCGACUCUACCGCUUCCAGACUACAUGGGCUUGGGUUGUGGUCGGCUUCCAAGGAGUCUUCAUCAUCUUCACCUUGUACUUCGUUUUCAGAGAAUUGGACUUAAUUUUAAAGCUACGGAGCUUGUACUUGAAGACCUUCUGGGGCUGUGUAGAGUUGGGUUUGGCGCUCCUCUCUCUAGCUGAGGUCGGGGUCAUGCUGUACACCUUGUAUAUUGUCCUCGAUUUCCAGUCAAAGCCAGGGACAAACAAGGAGCCAGCUGAGAGGCCGUUUGAGAAGUACCGCAGAGCGGCGUACUGGGACCAGAUCAACACGUACGUGCUGGGCUGCUUGGCUUGUGUGGGGACACUCAAACUGCUGCAUCUCCUACGGUUCAACAAGCACGUUGUUCUCGGCGCAGAUACCAUAAAGAAGGCAGCCGGGGCACUAUCCGGGUUCUUCUUGAUUUUUACCAUAGUGUUCGUCGCUUUUGCGACGUUUGCCUUCCUCGUUUUCUGUCCUACGGAGGAGGGCUUUUCGCCCUUCGUCGCCACCGUGGAAUCGAUGUUCACUAUUUUACUGGGGAAGUUCUAUGAGCUGUCAGACGCCAAGACGGUCAUGGGACCGCUCUUCACCUUCACGUUCAUCACGUUCUUCCAGUGGGUCAUCCUCAUCAUGGUGGUUGCUAUCCUAGACGGCGCCAUACAUGAGGUUGCGGAACAGAAUUCCCAACAGAAGCCCGAGACUGAGCAGGUUGCAGACCUGAUGUUGGAGAGGCUGCACUCCUGGGUAGGAGGGUUACUCCAGCGUGCCGGAAAGGGGAGGUCAUCGUCCGCCAGCCAAGAGGACUACAACCCUACAGAGGAGGAGCUGACAGACUUCUUGACAAACGCUGAUUUCGUCCGUUUGCAGGGUCGACAGGAGAGCUCAUCCACUUCUAUUGAAUUUUGCAUUGAAAAUUAAAUAUUUUCUGACACAAUUUAGCUUAUUCAUAGACUACAAUUAUGCAUAUCAGAUUAAGCUAAGGUGUAUAUGACAGUGUAAACAGAAAUUAAAGCAAAUCUGAAUAUCAUGAUACUGUAUGCGCUCAGAGAAAAGGGACACUAGAUGUCACUUUUAGCGUUUUUGCAUUUUUUUUUGAAAUUGGUUAUUUCAUCUUUGGCCUACGUUGGCCCUGUUUCAUAUUACUGUUACUGUACAGUAUCAUAAUAUAAUUGUAAAGGAAAAUACAGAAGAUUAAAAGUAGUUUUAUUAUUUAUACUUUUAUUAAUACGCAGACAUUCUGAAUGCUCAAAUGUUGUAAAGAACUGUUUUUUAACAAACUUAAUGUGUAACGUUGCAUAACAUAUAAGUACAUUGUUUUUUAAAGCUUUAAAAGGCUUACAAAUCUUGGAUGGCAACCCGUUAAUGAAUUAUACAGUUACUAAUCCACAGACCUACAUAUUCUACAACUUAACUUGAAUAGAUAACUGAUGGAAAUGACUAUAAGUUACAUGUAUAAGGACAGUGAUUUGACUUAAAAAAGAAGUAGUUCUGUGUUACGGCAUAUGAGUUGUGCAUACAAGUUUAAGGAAACCCGGAGAUAUGCCCAUAUUAGCCAUGACGUCUGUACUCUUGUAACGUUAAGCCUUGGGUUAAAUUUUGAUUUUUAAAUAUCAUCUUUGAAAACUAUUACAAACGAUUGAGAAACUAUCAGUGAAUAUCUCAGUAGUGGCAUCCAUGCCUUUUCAUUGGCAUAAUGAUGAUUAUUAGUUUAUCUAGUCUAUUUGGAUCUAACUAUUCUAAUCCGUGCCAUGCUUCUACUGCUAUAAUCGGACAUUGCGGGAAUCUUUCAAUUCAUCAGAUAGCAGUUAACGAGUAAGUAAAACAAUUUAAUUAUACUAUUGAGUAUAACAUA